CCAAACCGGAAAAAUUAGCUUAGGCCUAUUACAAUGGAUUGCGCUAAAAAUCUAGAACCCCAGAAGUCAGAUUUCAAAUCUGAAAUGUAUGAAGACCCCCAGGCUACCGAGUGUACAGCUUCCGUAGCUGCAGCUCACAAUGUUGUGCCUACUCUACAGCUUCUAAUGGAAAAGAUUGAAAAUCAAGAAAAAUUGAUUAAAAAAUUAAAGGAAAAAGUCGAAACAGCAAGCCAUAAUUGUCAGCUUGAAGAAGCAAGCCCGGGCAGCCAGAAAGCAGGAAAAAAAAAUCUGGUAGGACCCCAACCUGGGCCAAGUUCCACAAGUCUAAGAAAAACGGAGGAAAAUAAAAGAAAAAAAAGAAAACUUCGCAAGAGAUUCGCAGAGACACAUUUCCAGCCAAAGAAGACGCAUGAAGAGCAAAAAACAAAUAGCAUGAAUAUUGAAGAAGGGGAAAACUCCGUUUCAGCUGUCGUAACCUUCGACAAGGAGCAACUGUCUGACCUUAUAUUAAGGCUCACCAAAAAGUGAAUAAAAAAGGGCUGUCGUCUGUGUACUACUCCCUUAAUGCCAAGUAAUUGUCAUAGCCUGUUAAUAUAUAAAACUAAAUACACAGCGGUAACAAAUCUUAGUUAUUUCCCUGUACUGGUUAUUUCCCUGCCUGACAACAGAACUUCAUUAAAACUGAAAGAUUUAAGCCUCCUACUCCUUCACACCUUUAACGAAUUACACACCUUCAACACCUCGUACAUUGUAAUGGUACGAAAACCAGGAACAGACCCCCAAGGUCACAAAAAUUACACACUAAUUUCCCUUUUAAAACUACAAAAUCUUAACUAAAAUCCUGGUAGCCAAAUAGAACAAUUUUAUUUUUAUACAUAAACGAGUACAUAGACUAACUAUGUAGCAUUACAGGUAGGAAUAUUAACAUUAUUUCAUGUUUAUUUCCAUUUUUUUCUAUAUCUCAUUUUUGCCAUUAUUUUGGUUCAUUUGAUGUUUUAUUUUUAUUUAAGUUAUUUGCGCUCAUAGGGUGUGUACAAAAACCAUUUACUCACCAUGUAGUGAUCAAUGAAAUAUUUUACAGUUGUUUCUCUAGAGUUGAAUAAUUGAGAUCUUUCAACCUUUAUAGCUGAGGCUAUUUUUUAUUUUUUCUCAAAUCAUUUCAUAACGCUUGUUGUCUUUCUUCACAAACUUUUCUGCUUCAUGCACUUCCAUUCAAUUAAAGAUAAAAACUGUCAUGGAUUAAAUGUGGAAGUAAUUAAAUCUAUGAAAGUAGACUUACUUCAAAUUGUGACUGUAAUUCAGAAUGUGACCAUGACAAUGUAGUAUUGUGAUGUUUUUUGUGUUACUUUUCAUCUAGAAAUUGUUUCACUGCUCUGAUUUAAUGACAAUCAAAAAUUAUAGUUUUGUAUUUCAUCUUUAGAUAUCCAGUUGCCUGUGACAAAAUGCAUAGGCAUAGCCGAGGUCUAUAGUUUGCUGCUAGAAAACUUUUUUUUAACUCAAUAAAAUAUUACUUUUCUAUUGUAGGAUUAGUAAAUAUUUUAGUCAUUUUUAAAUAAACAUUCAUUUAAAAUUACACUUUAAAAAUUUAAAUAAUUAUGCAAUGUUCGUAGUUUUACU